GUCCCGUCCGGGGGUCCCGUCCCGGCUCUUCUCCGCCGGUCCCCGCCGGGAUGUUCUUCACGUGUGGCCCCAACGAGGCCAUGGUGGUGUCGGGCUUCUGCCGUAGCCCCCCCGUGAUGGUGGCCGGGGGGCGGGUGCUGGUGGUGCCGUGUCUGCAGCAGAUCCAGCGGAUCUCCCUGAACACCCUGACCCUCAACGUGCGCAGCGAGAAGGUGUACACCCGCCACGGCGUCCCCAUCUCUGUCACCGGCAUCGCUCAGGUGAAGAUCCAGGGGCAGAACAAGGAGAUGCUGGCGGCCGCUUGCCAGAUGUUCCUGGGCAAGUCGGAGAGCGAGAUCGCCCAAAUCGCCCUGGAGACCCUCGAGGGCCACCAGCGCGCCAUCAUGGCCCACAUGACCGUGGAGGAGAUCUAUAAGGACCGGCAGAAGUUCUCAGAGCAGGUUUUCAACGUGGCCUCUUCCGACCUCGUCAACAUGGGGAUCAGCGUGGUCAGCUACACCCUGAAGGACAUCCACGAUGACCAGGACUACCUGCACUCGCUGGGGAAGGGCCGCACGGCGCAGGUCCAGCGCGACGCCCGCGUGGGGGAGGCCGAGGCCAAGCGGGACGCCGGCAUCCGCGAGGCACGGGCGCGCCAGGAGCAGGUCUCGGCGCAGCUGCUGAGCGAGACGGCGAUGGCGCAGGCCCAGCGCGACUUCCAGGUGCAGCAGGCGCAGUGCGACGCCGCCGUCAGCGCUCGCAAGGCCCAGGCUGACCUGGCCUACCAGCUCCAGGUGGCGAGGACGAAGCAGCAGAUCGAGGAGGAGCGGGCGCAGGUGCUGGUGGUGGAGCGGGCGCAGCAGGCGCAGCUGCAGGAGCACGAGAUCGGCCGCCGCGAACUCGAGCUGGAGGCCACCGUCCGCAAACCCGCCGAGGCCGAGCGCUACCGCCUCGAGCGCCUGGCCGAGGCCCAGCGGUCGCAGAUGAUGAUGCAGGCGGAGGCUGAGGCCGAGGCCAUGAGGGUGACGGGGGCGGCGCGGGCGGCGGCGGUGGCCGCUCGGGCGCGGGCGGAGGCGGCGCAGACGGCGGCGAAGGCGGAGGCCUUCGGGCAGUACCAGGAAGCCGCCGUCGUCGACAUGGUGCUGCAGCGGCUCCCCCAGGCCACCGUGGCCAACUCUGAGGCCACCGGCAGUGCCCGGGUGGCCGUCAGCAGUUCCCGGCGCGCCCCGUCCUCCCGGGCCAUCGCUGCUGCCAGGUGGCCGGCGGUGGCCCCGGCGGUGGCCACCGUGGUGGCCGCAGUCCCGCAGGCGUCCCUCAGGUGCAUGACGUCCCCUGUCAACCUGGCCCAGGUGGCCUCCACCAAGGCCACCGCCUCUUGCCACUUGCGGGUGAUGGUUGCCACAGUGGCCCAGGCGUCCCCCGCAGUGGCCCUGGGGACAGCGGGCUCAGGGGUGGCCCCAGGGGUGACUGUGGUACUCCCAGUGGUGGCCCCUGUGGUGGCCCUGGUGGCCUCAGCCAUGGCCAGGGCACGACGGAGCCCCCGGCGUCCCCCAAUCUCCCCGUGGCCACUGGUGUCCCCCGAUGUUCCCAACACAGCCCUGGAUGUCCCCAGUAUGGCCCUGGCUUGUCCCCAGUGUGUCCCCAGUGCUGGCCGCCAGCACGUCCCCAACACAGCCACAAUGAUGUCCCCAGUGUCCCCAGGGCUGUCCCCAACAUGGCCCUGCUGA